GAUAUUAUGAAUGGUUUAUGAGUAGCUCCAGCUGAGAAUUUCACAUAGGCUGAUUUUUCCAUCCGGGCGGAGAAGCUGGCUCUUGAUUCCGAGAAACGCCGCUAACAACGGCUACCCCCGCUACAACGACAUUUUCGAGCAUUUGCAAGUCGAGCACUUCCAGAUGCCUUCGCGCGACUGAUUUUUCUUUUGGGCUUCAAGCACAAAACAAGUAUGUAGGCGGAAGCUUGCUCCAUAAAAUCUUGGAUAGUGAGAUAUGCCUCUGAGAGGCCCAAAGCCUGGGCUUGACGUCUUGGACCGUGUACCCGAGGAGUCACCUGUUGUCCAGGCUUACCAAAAGCCGCGUGGCCCGCAUCAACGAUUCAAGCACCGAUUCAGGUCAAGAGAGAGCCGGAACGUGCAGGAGGAGCAGCUGCCGGUGACAGCCCCAACGCUGGACCGGGCGCGCCAGCAGCAUCUGGACGACCUGCGCACGCACAUUGAGGAGCUGCGCACGCACAUUGAGGAGCUGCGCAAGCAGAAUGAGGAGCUGCGCAAGCAGAAUGAGGAGCUGCGCAAGGCCAAUCCGCUGAAGAAGCUGUUUUGCUGUGCGUGAGCUGUCUUGGUGGCGGCACGCCCCUGGGGUCCAGAGCAGGGUGUUCGUUCAAUCGUUCUCCACGUCACUGGCUCGUGAACUGCGGCAGCAGGUCCCUCUUGUAACCAAGGCAAUCUAGUUUGGUCCCCAAAGGGGGUGCUUCUGCUCCUGUGCUCCCAAAUGGAAUCUAGUAACGCGUCUAACCUGGCUGGGUCCGUAUUCUGCAUAACGGCCUGCAUCCCGCCUGUAAAAUCGAUCUCGCUACCCGAACGCAACUGGUCGUAGGCCGUACACCGCAUGAGCACAUGAUUAGCUGAUGACUGACGUGCUUGAAAAAACGCAACACGCAGAAGCGAACAUGACGUUGUAGAGUUACAUGUGGGACGACAGCCGUGGACUAAGCCAGGGCCCCAAAAACGUACGAGACACGCACGCUCACCCGAGGAGAGAACCCCGAAUGACCCCCAUGCUCCUCGCCUCCGGAGAGGGGAGGGACCUCAGGCCCAGCCAGGUUUUCUGCAGCUGCUAGGACAGGGUGGGUGAUGGUUUGCAGGUGGCAUGGUAGACUUCAUUGAAGCGGAUUGUUUGGAGUAGAGCCUAUUGAAGUCUGGGGGCGGCAGCUGGGGCUCAGAAGGCGUUCCACCGCGGGCGCAGGUACGGUGAAGGAGCCGCACUCGUGAGCUGUGGGUUAGGACCCACAAGGGACCAGCAAGCAAGAGAACUUCAACUCGGACAUCUCGAUCUGCACCGUCUGGCCGUGUGCUGAUGUGGAAGCUGUGUGUUGACAAUGGAGUGACGGGGCGCGUGCGUGUACGGGCGUGGAUAGGAAGCUGCCGCGCAGCAGGGCAGUCCUGCUGACGUGAGGUGGGCAGGAGUGUGCAGGCAAGAUGAUGCAUGGCUCUGUCAACAGUCAACAGGGGCAGCCCUGCAGGAGUGUGCAGGCAAGACGAUGCAUGGCACUGACAAAUUAUGAUAGGUUGACGUGUCAGGGCGCGAAAGGGCCUCAAUAGUUUGACAGCAUAAUGCUCGGAAGCUUUGGGGCGGCAUGGGUGGCCUCGAGCGGCGCUGCGGGGCUGGCUUCAUGUUGGGCGCCGACCCCUCGGCAGUCACGGUGACGGGGACGGCUUGAGUUAUUGUGUAGUGCCGGCAGCACCCUUAAAGUGUGAUACAAACGUGCUUCUGUCCUUCGAACGUGUAUGAGGGGGAGCUGGAUUGAGUUGGGUUCCGAAGUUGCUGAUGUUUACGGACGCGGGGUGGAACUGGGGCGGGCACAAUGGCGCAGUCGCGGCGCUGUGAUGACGCGUCUGGACGUC